AUGGCUACCAAAACCCACAAGACCUGGCAGGAAGAGCUUGCUGCUGAGUGCCGGAAGCUGAGACUGCCUGCUCCCCAGUUCAAUAUUGUUUCUGAUCGUCGAGGUGGCCGUACAGCUUGGUCUGCGACAGUCACAAUUCAGGGCCAGAAUCUUGCAGCAAGAUAUUGGUAUGAUGGGCAAUACCUCAACAACGCCAAAGAAGACGCUGCAGAAGUCGCCUGCACCAAACUGCGCAACCCGUCGAUCACCGCUGGUCAGUCCACGGUCUACCGAGCACAGUCGGGCUAUGGUGGGCCCUGGGCUCGCUGA